UUUAAUUCUUGAUCUGGGUUGGUUUGAUUAUGAUUUAAUUGGUAUGAAGAGAUCUGAAGUGUUUUCGAGACCCGCUUCCUAAUCAGUUUCCAACCAUUCAAGGAAACCUAUUACGAUUCCUUUUUUUCAUUCAAGGAAACCUCUUUUGAUUCCAUAUUUUCAAUCGACAAUUAUAAAAAUGUUCAGAAAUUUUUUUAUUGAUUCAAAUUGAUAGCCUCUCUAGUGCAGAUAAGAGAAGAGAUGCCAGUGGAAUUCAAUUUUGAUAUCUUUGGAGAAACGAGCUGCUGAACUCGAUUGAAAAGCAAGUUUGAAGAAUGGGAAUUCAUUAGUUGAAGAAGUGGUAUUUGAUUGAGUUGGUUAUUGACUUAUAUGUGGUUACAUUUUGGGACUUGAGUUGUAUUUUCAUGCUGCCGCCCCUGAAGGAGGCUAUCCACUGCAGGCAUAGACUUAUGGAAGCCCAUUCGCAUCUCUGUUGCCAUCGUCUUACAAUCCUUUACUCUUUUUUGAUUUGUUUUUCCUAAUUCCAUUAUAAUAGUUGCUCUGCUUCUCUUUUGAUUUUGAUCCUUUUUACUUACUACAUGUUCAUCUUCUCAGCACUCUCGCUGUUUAGCAGUAGAGAGAAUACUAUGGAAAUGACAACUCUCUAUUUCUCUAUUUGAAAUCUGAGAAUACUUGGAAGUUGCUAUGGCUAUACUUGUUUUUCUGACUCAAAAUUGUUUUGUUGGUAACUCUAUUUUUUUGUGAUAAUUUACUUUGUUUUAUGACGCUUUUGUUGUUGUUGAGUUUGAAAUUGAAACCAAUGAAAUUGAGAUGAGACUGAUUUGAUUGGAAGAGGGAUGGCCAUUGGGUUUGCUGCAGCCACGAAAUGAGAGAGUUGGUGGUUUGGUCAGAAAUAGUGGGUUUUUUUGGAUCAGCAUCUUUCCACACUUUUCUCAGUGCUUCUCCUCCUACUUCCUUUUCUGAUUCUACAUUAGAUUUGGAUAUAGAGUCAAUAGGGUCAUUCUUCCAUGAGAAGAGCAUAACUCUUGGGAGCUUGUUGGGUCUCAUUCUAUUUAAGGUAUAUCAGAGGCAUUAUAGGUUGAAGUCAAUGGAAGCCACUGCUGAAUGCACUCUGCCACCAUUGGUUUGCUGCGUCAAGGCAUUUUGUCCGGCCCAUGUGAAUUCCUACUCCAAGUCUAGUGGAUCUCUAUUGCACUGGAGCAAAUCUAUCAUGGACUUCCAUAUACCAUUAGAAAACUCGCGUUCAAAGAAUAGAUGUGAAUGACUCUCAUCACCCUACCCACAGAGUUGGUGAGUCUUCACUUCAAUUAGCCCUCAUUUGUAGAGUCUGUCCAGAGUUGCAAGUCUGCCCUUACCACUCAACCAUAAAAUAAAAGAACAUUUGGAUACAUUGCCAUUGAACCAUAUCAUUUGAUCCCAAGAAGUAGGUGGUUGUUUGAUUCUGAUUACAUUCCAUGUUGAGUGUAUUGUGAAGUUGCUAUUCUUCUUAGUUAUCCAUCUCACAUCAUACCCCUUGUCCGAUGAUAGGUAUUAUGUUGUUAAGAAUACUGUCAAUAAUACUCAAUAGAAUUUCAUUCCUUCUAAUAGGCCAGUUCCAGUUACCACUCUAGCAUUCAGAUUUCUGAUUCCUUUCAAGUCCCCCCAAAUCUCUGGUACAAUGGUCCCAAAGAGUGCCAAUUCUCAAGCCAAAGGAAGGUGGAUUCUCCAUUGCCAAUUACUUUCUUAAUUAGGGGCAUAACUUCUCUUCUUAAACUGAAAAGUUUCCUCACUGUCCAAGACACAUUAGAAGGAACUUGCAUAGUCCUGAAGUGUAAGUUUUUAUUCUUGGCAAUCCUGUUUGACAAAAUUCCUUUCAGUUGUACUUGUUUUCGCUAUUUUAUUUCAGUGAGGUUAUGAGUUUUUAGAUGCGAAUCCAACUUGAAUUAUGUCUUCAGAAAAGUUUGUGGUGCUAAUUCUUUCAUGAUUGCCACUUCGCUGACUAUGACGGGAAUUGAGCGUGGAUUCGGAUUGAUUGGGACAGUGAAGUGGCAAUCAUGAAAGAAUUAGCACCACAAACUUCUCUGCAAGGCACAAUUCAAUUUGGAUUCGCAUCUAAAAACUCACAGUCUCACUGAAAUAAAAGAGCGAAAACAAGUACAACUGAAAGGAGUUUUGUCAAACGAGAUUGCCAACAAUAAAAACCUAAUAAUCUCCCCUUUUCGCAAUGUCGUGACAAAACACACCUAACAAAUAAAAUCCUAACCACUCCAACCCAUUACAGCCAACAAAAGCAAACUUUUUUCUCAAGAUCAUGAUCUGCAAAACAGCUAGCAGUGCUACAAUCUCUCAAAUAACUAUUAGUGCCACAAGAGCAUAUGAAAAAAGUAAUAGACAUAUGACAAUAUUAUUGUCACGACCCCAUUCCGCUCCUAGUAGAAUGGUGCCAUGAUGGCCAGUAAUCCGAGAUUUACCAAAGGCCAACUUACAAAGUCACACACAAUCAGAGUAUACAUAUGGGGCUCACAUGUGCGGAAGCAAUAAAUUUAAAUCUAAAUAGUCCACAAGAGCUGUGCAUAGAUCAAAUGAAAUGUCAUACAUAACAUGGUUUUACCACUUGAGUACAAAUAAAAUAAACACAUAUUACAUCUUGAUCAAAAGGCUUCUCGAGCUAACAUAUACAAAAUGAACUACAAUGACCAAACCAAGAAGCA